UGAUAAUUCAUAAGGCUAUGGCUAAGCAUUUGUUAAGUGAAUCAAAAUGCAUCUUCAGAUUAUUGCGCGUCCAGAAUAGCUGCCAGGCAAGGCGAAUUCAGACAACAGUGGAUGCUUUAGAUGUUCACAGGCAUAGCCAACUUAUGAAUAAAUGGUGGGAUCUUGAUGGACCAGUAAGACUACUGCAUGCCCUAAACGAUAUUCGCAUACCCUUUAUUCAAAAAGGACUAGCUCUAACACAAGAUAACUUGUCUUCGGUAUUAAAAGGAAAAACAAUAUUGGACGUCGGUUGUGGAGGGGGAAUACUAUCAGAGGGCUUGGCAAAGUUGGGAGCCAAAGUUGUUGGUAUUGAUGCAAGCAAAGAGUUAAUUGAGGUAGCAAAAUACCAUGCGUCUAAUAACAAAGAGUUGAUUAAUAAUUUACCAACAUAUAUAAACACUACAAUGGAGGAACAUUCCACUAUUCAUGCGGAAAAGUACGACGCCGUUGUAGCUUCGGAAAUAAUAGAGCAUGUCGUCGAAAAAGAAUUGUUUCUGGAAUCGUGUGUACGCGCUACGAAGCCAAACGGAAAAUUAUUCUUUACAACACCCAGUAAAACACGGAUGGCUCAAUUUUUCAUUAUAUUUGUCAAUGAAAGAAUACUACAUGCAAUUCCGAAGGACACUCAUCAAUAUGACAAACUUUUAACUCCAAGUGAACUUGAAUCUAUGUUGGAGAAAAAUAAUUGCAAGGUGGAAUCGACGCGAGGUUUUGUUGCUCAUCCUAUAUCGAACAGAUGGACGUGGACCAAUCACAAAUUGUUUAUGUUCGCGAUGCAAGCUGUUAAAUUAAAACAAAAUCAAUUAUGUUAAAAACCUUUAAAACUACGAAGUAC